UGAGAAAUAAACAAAAUAUAAAUAAAUAAAAAAAACAAAAAAGAACCUGUGGUUUUUUUUUUCUCCUUUUAUGCAUUCAAAUUUUUAGUUCCCCUUAUUCAAAUUCAUUAUAUAUCUCUUUAAGACCUAUACUUGGUCUUGUUUCAACUCUCUCCUUUAACACUCUUCUUCACCCUCGAAGGCAACACAAUAAAAUCAUUCUAGAAGAAAAAAAAUACUUAUUUCAUCUUUAUUAAUUAUUUUCAAUAUAUACAAUUCUAUAAAUUAAUAUACUUCAUUCGAAAUGAAGAUAUUUCCUAUUAUUACAAUCGCUUUUGCUACUUUUUGUGUGGUAAAAGCCUCCCCCCAAGCUGCUUCCCCGAGUUCGCCGGCUGCACCCCCUCCAAUUUCAAUUAAUGACUAUCCAACUGCUGAUAAAAUACCAGACACUAGCAGCCCUCAAGUCCAAGCAUGGUUAAAAGAAAUAGAUCUAUCAAAAGUUCCAAAUCUUCCAAUUUCAAAUGGUGGUAAAAUUAAUACUCAACAGGCUCAGUGUGGCCCUCCAACUGUAAUUCAACCAGAUCAGGGAUCUUGGACUUGUCAAAAAUUCACUGCAGAAGAUGAUGUUGCAUUUUGUCCAAAUGUUGGUGAUUGGGGGCUAACAUAUGACGACGGGCCAUCAGAGUCAACACCCAAGUUAUUAAGCAAAUUGAAUGAGCAUAAGAUUAAAGCUACAUUUUUCGUAGUAGGAAGCCGUGUUAUUAACAAUCCUCAAAUUCUCAAAUCUGCUUUUGAUUCUGGUCAUAAUAUCGCAGUACACACUUGGUCUCAUCCGGCACUUACCUCCCUUCCAAAUGAAGCCAUCGUUGCUGAAUUAAAAUGGACUAUGAAGGCUAUUAAAGAUGUUGUUGGUGUUACUCCUCUAUAUAUGCGACCUCCAUAUGGUGAUACUGAUAAUCGUGUUCGUGCUGUUGCUCGUGCUGUUGGUUUGAAAACCGUCCUUUGGGUUCCAGAAUUCGAUAGUAAUGAUUGGACUUUAACUUCCAAUCCUCCUAAGACAGUCGACUUUGUUCUAAAUACCUUUGAAACUUGGAUGCAAACUUUCCCUAAAUUGAAAACCGGGUUCAUUGUUCUCGAACAUGAUCUUUAUCCACAAACUGUUGACGCUGCAGUUCAAAUUAUUGAUAGAGCUGUUAAAGUACCAAAUUUGAAGAUUAUGACUGUACCUCAAUGUAUUGGUGAUAAUAACCCUUACUUAGAAUUAGUUGGUAAAAAUGGUAAUAGUACUAAUAAAGGUUCUACUCCGGGUAAAUCACUUCCACCAUCUGUAAGCGCAAGUCCAUCAUCACCUAUCAUUCCUUUCACUGUUGGAUCCAUUAUUACAGUUUUAUUCUCAUCAUUAUUAAAUUUGAAUUAAUUAAUUUAUAUAUAAAUUC